AUGGACGCACAAAGGGAAGAAUGCUUAGUUAAUGUCAGUCAAGAUAGUUCAGGGCAUGAAGCCGCACUCCAGCAGGAUCAGGAACAGAAAAAGGAUCCCAGGACAAAAAAUUGUCUAGUUGCUUUCAAGAUGAAGCCUGCUCCCUUUUACCUUGAUGAGCAGUCCAUUUAUCCUGCUCCGCUGUGUUUGAAGAAUGACAACACGGUGUCAUUCUACCAUCCUAAAGAGAUCUCCUUUGGUCCUUGGCAUUUCGACUUUUGUCCAAAAUAUUUCAAAAAAGAAGAAAAUUCUGUAAACUUAAUAGAGCUUUGGAAGUCAGAAAUCGCGUGGAAUUUUGAUGGCCUAGAAUCGAUGGUGGAGGAUUUGAAGAGCGAGACGAUCCAGAAAAAACUAAAGAAAAGCUAUGGUGAAACAAGGAAAGACCCUGAGGUCCUUGCAUGGCUCCUGGCAAGAGAUGGUUGCUUCGUCUUAGAAGUCCUCGGCAAAUUUGAAGAUCCACCUAAAGCUGAAAAUGGUCACAAGACCCAGCUACAACACAUUCUUGACAGGAAAAAUCACCACCCUUUGUUGAACGACAUAGUCAAGGAUAUGUUCAAAUUGGAAAAUCAGUUACCGCUAUGGGUUUUGGAAAAAAUCAAGGAGACAAUGGAAGGUCAUGUAGUGGAAGUUUACUGGUUUGAGGGUGCACUGAAAAAUCUAUCUCCAGUUGAAGUAAAGGGGGGAGAUGGAAACCGGGAAUACAAAAAAGGGAUUCAUCUCUUGCAAUUGCUUGGUGAAUAUAUGGUCGACAAUGGAAAAUCCUCUGAAGUGGAAAAGAAUAAAAAUCAAGACAGUGAGGGAGCAAAGCAAUCUAAACGUCCACAGGCCAAUAACGCUGAAUGCCUUAAGAAGCAAGGUGAAAACAUCAUCAUGGGGCUAGUGGUCAUAUUCUUUGUAUUAUUAUGUAUUUUCCUGUCCCCAGUUUUCAUCAUCUGGUUUCUCUGGUUAGCUAUCUCGCUGGUAUGGGAAUCGUAUCAGCAUCACAAGUGGAGUGAAGCAGACAAGGAUGACAGUCACCUUCAUGUUCCAACUGUAGAGGAGUUGCAUAGAAUAGGAGUGAAAUUCAAGAAACUGGAGCAUAGAGGAAUCAGACAGAUAAACUUCGACAACAAACGCUCAAUACUGUACCUGCCCAAGUUCACAGUUGACGACAAAUCGGAGAUGAUACUGAGAAACCUUUUGGUGUUGGAGACGCACUGGGAAGAUUCAGAUAAAAUAGUAACGAGGUACGUAGUGCUCAUUAACGACCUUGUUAACACUGCUGGGGACGUGUCCCGCUUGAGACAAGAGGGCAUCAUCUCCAACAAACUUGGAAGCGACGAGGACGUGGCUCGCCUCUGGAAUUCUAUUACUAUUCCCGCCACCGACAGACCGAGUUAUCGCCCGAUUGACGCGGCUGCGGAAAGGAUAAGUGCUUACCGCAACAAACGGCUGAAGAUUCUAUGGGCUCAGUUUAGGAGUCUCCAUUGUUCUAAGCCAUGGUUAGUCGCCUCUCUUCUUGGAGGAAUAACCGUUCUUGCAUUAACGGUUGUGCAAGUCGUUUGUCUAUUUUACAGCUGUGAGAAAGUUUAA